GCUGCUGCUGUUGCUGCUGCUGCUGCUGAUGUUGCUGUUGCUGCUCUGACUGCUGCUGCUGCUGUUGUGGUGGUGCUUGUUGGCGCAUGCGUACUAUAAACUUCUGGUGGAACCAUGGCUGAUUAUUGGAAAUCCCAGCCAAGGAAGUUUUGUGAAUUCUGUAAAUGUUGGCUUACUGAAAAUAAACCAAGUAUCGAAUUUCAUGAGAAGGGAAAACGUCAUCAAGAAAAUGUGCGGAAGAAAAUUGAUACAAUCAAAAAGAACAGCCUGUCUGAGUCAAAGAAAAGAAAAGAAAUGGAAAACGACAUGGAGAGUCUUAAUAAGGCAGCUUUAGAAGCUUUUAAGAAAGACAUAAUUAAUGACCCUUCAUUAGCCAAACAAUAUGGUAUCUCUCUACCAACCAAAAAACAAAGUGAUUCUGAUAAUGAUGUUCCUGUCAACAAACCAGUUCUUGAGGCAGAAACAGUGGUUGCAGAAACUACAGAUUCCCAAAAUCCAGACAUUAUUGGUAAACCCGAAGAGGAAGAACAUCCAAUUGAAGAGGAAACAACAGACUGGUAUGAAGCUGUCUCAGACGAAGGCUACCAUUAUUAUUGGAACACUAAAACUAACGAAUCUGUUUGGGAAAAACCAGAGCAGUUCCACAGUCUUCAAGAACAAGGUCUCAAUGAAGAUGGAACGGAAAUGACAGCCGAAAACAAUGAAGUUACAGAUUCAAAAGAAUCUGAAACUGAAAAAGAAGCAGAGAAAACAGAAGAAGUCAAAACUGAAAAAGUCAAAACUGAAAAAGUCAAAACAGAAGCAGUCAAAACAGAAUCAGAUUUGAAGCCUUCAUCUACUCCUGCAAGAUCUCAGACAAAUCGCAGUUCUUCCCGCUCUGCCUAUGGUCAAUGGACAACAUAUGAAAAAACAGCAGAAUUUGUUGAUUAUGAGUUGCCUUCGGUUCCCGAAGAAAUGCCUCUACUGACAUUUUCCUCAGAAGAACCAGCCAAAAUGAAAUUCAAAGAAAAGCGACUAACACUUGCAGAUCUUCCUGACGGCGAAAUUAUUGCAUUUAAAAAGCGUAAAAUUUCUAAAGGUUCACGGAAUAUCCGUGGGAAAUUAGACGACGACUGACAUUUUUACUUAAUAAAAUAAAAUUUAAAUAAAAAUACUACAAAUAUUUAUUUU